AUGGGAGGUUCCAAAUCUGAUCAUAGUAAACCUCAUGUUGUUUGUAUACCACUUCCGGUUCAAAGCCAUAUCAAGGCAAUGCUCAAAUUUGCUAGACUCCUCCACCAUAAAGGUUUUCACAUCACCUUUGUCAACACAGAGUUCAACCACAAGCGCUUUCUGAAAUCUCUAGGACCCGACUCUCUCGAUGGCUCCCCUGAUUUUCACUUCGAAACCAUUCCAGAUGGUCUUCAGAACUCAGAUGAAGAUACCGCCCAAGACCACAUAUUGCUUGGUGACUCCAUCAGAAACAAAUUGUUGGCUCCGUUUCUUGACCUCAUCACAAAACUCAAUAACAGCACCAACAAUCCUUCUGUGAGUCGCGUUGUCUCGGAUGGUUUCAUGUCUUUCACCCUCACAGCUGCUGAAGAAACCCGCAUCCCUACUGUGCUCUUCUUUUCUUUUUCUGCAAGUAGCAUUAUGGGAUAUAUGCAAUUUCCCAUACUAGUCCAAAAAGGACUUGCACCACUCAAAGAUGAGAGCUGGUUAACAAAUGGUUUCUUGGACCAGAUGAUAGACUGGGUUCCAGGAUUCAAAUCUAUACGUUUAAGGGAUCUCCCAAACAAUUUUAUAACUACAAAUCCCAAUGACAUUCAUUGGAACUUUUGCUUGCAAGCAAUUGAAAGAGUUCGUGAAGCUUCUGCUAUCAUUCUCCAUACUUUUGAUGCUUUGGAGUCACAUGUUUUGGAAGCUUUCUCUUCAUCUAUGCUUGUUUAUGCGAUUGCCCCUCUCCAACUACUUCUCAAUCAAUUACCAGAAGAUGACCCUUCCAAGCAUACGAGGUACAGUCUAUGGAAAGAAGAAACUGAGUGCCUCAAAUGGCUAAACUCCAAGGCACCAAACUCGGUUUUGUAUAUGAACUUUGGUAGUAUAGUAAAUUUGACACCUAAACAUCUUGUCGAAUUUGGUUGGGGACUUGUCAAUUCCCAGCUGCCAUUCUUGUGGGUGAUAAGGCCUGAUUUAGUUGUUGGUGAAUCAGCAAUUUUGCCACCAGAGUUUGUGGCCAACACUAAAGAUAGAGGUCUAGUAUCAAGAUGGUGUCCACAAGAGGAAGUGCUUAACCACCCAUCAGUUGGCGGGUUUUUGACACACAGCGGCUGGAAUUCAACCAUAGAGAGCGUGGCGGCAGGAGUGCCAAUGCUUUGUUGGCCACUCUUUGGUGACCAGCAAACAAAUUGUUAUUAUACUUGUAAUGAAUGGGGUAUUGGGAUGGAGAUGAGUAGUGAUGUGAAGAGAGAUGAAGUAGAGAGGCUUGUUAAAGAGUUCAUGGAGGGAGAGAAGGGUGAGAAAAUGAGACAUAAGGCCAUGGAGUGGAAGAAACAUGCUGAAGAAGCAACUGCUCCAAAUGGUUCUUCAUCCAAAAACUUGGAUGAUUUAGUGAAUCAAGUUCUACUGUAA